AUGAACUCACAGGACCAGGCUCAGGAACCAGACCCGACACAGCCGGGUGUCUCUAAAGAUGUCAACAUCGGGGAGAAACCAGCAUUGCGUCAUAGACAGGAUUCACAGGGGCCUCAACGGGUAUCCGUAGUGGAUAUUUCUCCACCUGACGAUCAAAACACUAUGGCGUCUGAGCUACAAGGUGAAUCAGAGACCCAAAAUACACCGAAAAUUAAGAAUCGAAGGCUCAGACGAAUGAAGUUUCCAACAGAACGGAGUUCAUUAUGGAGUAGUAAGCAAGCUCCGCAAGGUCUUAAAUUGAAGACAACACGUAUUCUCUAUACCACCGAUGAGCAGGUGCGUGAUGCUCUCUUCGAGUUUCUUGUGUUUAUCGUCUUUCUUGGCCUUACAUCGCUGAUCACUCUCACCGUGCGGAGCCCGUACAUGUUUUACUUCAACGAUACAACAAAGAAACUAUUUGUGACUCGCAGUCUAGUUGUAGCGCCGUCGUUAACGAACUGUUUUGAGAAUAUUCUCAUUGUCUCAGAUUGGUGGGACUACUUAAUAUACAAUUUCUUAAUAACAUUGCACGGAGAUAUGAGUGAGCUUGAUGAGGACGAAGAUGAAAAGGUAACAUCUGUAAGUGGUUCCGAUCCGAUCGAAAAUCUUCGGGCACGCAGGUUUAUGCACGAGAAUCUCCUACUCGGCCCACCGCGCCUCCGUCAGAUUCGCGUUCACAAGCAGAGCUGUUAUAUGAGCUGGUAUUUUGAUACCUGCUAUGACGACUAUUCUCAGGGGGCUGAGGAGAGAACCGAGACGCAUAAAGGCUCUCCGUACAGGACGAUGGGAGAAGUCGAAGCAACACCGUUCUGGACUCUGCUAGCUUACUACAGUUCUGGCGGCUACACUGUUGAUCUAACCUACGAUAAGGAUAUCAACCUGCAAAAGAUUAAUGAGCUCAAGAACAUAAAUUGGCUAGAUCGCAGUUCAAGGCUGUGUAUGGUGGAGUUCAAUCUCUUUAACGAAAACACAGACAUCUUUCAGAGCGUAAAACUUAUGGCUGAAAUUCCUGCCUCGGGUGUUGUCAUACCCCAAGCGCGUCUACAAACUGUUAAACAAUAUUCUUUCUUCACCGAUCCCGAUCCAAAAAUGACUGUGCUCUAUCUUGUAUGGUAUAUAAUGAUCGUUUACUACACCAUCCUAGAGAUCAAUGAAAUACGGUUGUCGGGAUUCAAAAUGCACUUCAAAUCAUUUCUAAAUAUUCUAGAGGGGUUUUUAUUGACGAUUUGCUAUCUGGCUUUGGUAUACAACGUCUGGCACACCAUCGAAGUGAAAUCCAUAACAUCCAAGGCGCAGAAGAAAGAGGUCUAUCAAAGUAUUGAUGUUCUCUGUUUCUCGAAUAUCAUUUAUGUGAAUAUGAUGGCUGUUUUAGCCUUUCUCGUGUGGAUCAAAUUAUUUAAGUUCAUCAGCUUAAACAAGACACUUGUUGAGUGGACAACGACACUAGGAAGGUGCUCAAAGGAUUUGGCUGGCUUCUCUUUAAUGUUUGGCAUUGUUUUUGUGAUCUAUGCUAGAUUGGGACUCUUGCUCUUUGGCAGUAAUCAUCCAGAUUUCUAUAGCUUAGUGAUUUCAAUGUUGACUAUGAUACGGAUGAUCUUGGGCGACUUUCGGUACAAUUUAAUUCAGGAGUCCGAUCGAGUAAUAGGUCCCAUCUACUUCAUCACUUACAUACUGCUUGUGUUUUUCAUAUUGUUGAACAUAUUUCUUGCCAUCAUCAUGGAGUCCUAUAGCUCAGUGAAAAGUGGAACUGACAUACACGGAACACAAUUGGCCUCCUUUGUUUAUAGGAAGUUAACGGGAGCCGUCUACUGGAUUUACUGUCGUAUCUGUAAGACUCAGAGUAAGCUUGUUCGGGCUCAGCUCGCCCGGGUCAAACCUUUUCGGGCAAAAACUGCACGCCCUUCGGCUACUGCCAAAAAAGCUGAUCUGGAUGUUACUACGGUAGAAUUUGAGGAGCCUGUGCGAAGGAGGAACAUGACCGCAGCAGAGACAAUUUACUUUAAUGCUAUUCCAAGAGAUGUUAAAAACAAGAAAAUGUUUCGGGUGAACCAACGCAUAACACUUCUUGAAGAAGUUUUGGAAAAGCUAGUUACUAAUAUAGAUGAUAUGACGAAAAGCCUAGAAAGAGUCUACGGCGCAAGUACAUUUUAA